AUGACAGACGCAUUUCGAGGCGGUUCCGGGAAUUUCAAAAAAGGCAACAAAGAUUUCAAGAAAGGAAACAACAACAAUAACAAUAAUAAUAAUGCGGUGCGUAAGGGAGGCAUGUGGAAGGGCAACAAUGGAGGACGAGGUGGAGGUGGUCCAAGGGGCGGAGGUGGUCCAAGAGGUGGAGGUGGCCCAAGAGGCGGAGGAGGAGGAAGAGGCGGAGGAGGAGGAGGAAGAGGAGGAGGGGGAGGAAGAGGUGCUAGAGGAGGAGCAAAAUUUGGUGGAGGAAAUAACAAUAAAAAAAAUUUCAAAAAAGAUGGAAAAUCAGGAAAAGUUAUUGUAGUACCGCAUAGAUUUCCAGGAGUUUUUCUACUAAAAGGAAAGUCAGACAUUCUGGUAACAAAAAAUUUAGUCCCAGGAGAAAGUGUCUAUGGAGAAAAAAGAUACGAAGUAAUGGGAGACAAUGAAAAAAUAGAGUACAGAGUAUGGAAUCCAUUUCGUUCAAAAUUAGGUGCAUGUUUAAUGGGUGGUGUUGGAAACAUGCCUAUCAAACCAGGAUGUAAAGUUCUUUACCUAGGAGCAGCGAACGGAACAUCUGUAUCUCACGUAUCCGAUAUGGUCGGUGAUGAAGGAGUUGUUUAUGCUGUUGAAUUUUCUCACAGAUCAGGCAGAGACUUAACGAACAUGUCGAAAAAGAGGUCCAAUGUUGUUCCCAUUGUAGAAGAUGCUAGACAACCAAUUAAGUAUCGUAUGCUCGUAGACAUGGUGGAUGUCGUUUUUGCUGAUGUGGCACAGCCAGAUCAGGCACGUAUUGUUGCUAUGAAUGCCCAUAUGUUUUUAAAAACUGGAGGAUGGUUCAUAAUAUCCAUUAAAGCUAAUUGUGUUGACUCCACUGCCAAGCCGGAGGUCGUCUUUGCGUCAGAAAUGGAGAAAUUGAAAAAGGAAAACUGUAAACCGAAGGAGAAGCUAACGUUGGAACCUUUUCAUCGUAACCAUGCCAUCGUUUUGGGUAUGUAUAGGUAA